CGUUUCCUCCUCAUCCAGGACUAGAUCCUUCUUCGCUUGUUCCGCGGUGACAAAAGAGCUGCAGUUCUGACACGGAGCAGCGAUGGAUGGGCCGAUCGGUUGCAUCCGUCCCGUACAUGGGGUUUUGCAUCCGCACGAGCUAGUAGCUACGAUCCCAGGUGUCAGAGCGAUGGCGGAAUCUACCAACGGUCCUGGCGAUGGAUGCAGCUACCUUGAUGAGAACGUUUGCGGUGGCCACGCAUCGUCUUCACGAGAAGCAGCUAACAACAGACUAGCAAGAGGUGCGGAAGUGUCGAGUUCUCUCCCUCUCAAGGACUCCUCCCUUCCCUCUUCUCUCGCUUCGGAGACUCAGCUGAUGGAUCUCCCAGAGGAGCUGAUAUGCGAAGUGAUGGGGAUGCUUCCUGCGGCUGCUGACGUGUCGACUGCUGCAAGUGUGUGCUCGGGAUUCGCCCAAGCAGCGCGCUCCGAUCUGACCUGGCAGCGGUUGAUGCCACCUGCCUGCCGUCGGCUGUUAAGCGAGAGACUCAGUGACAAUACUCCGUCGACUGAGAGUCCAGCGCUUGCGGCAGCAGCAGCAGCAGCAGCAGCAGCAGAGGAGGAGGAGGAGGAGGAGGGAGAUGAAAGUGCCCGCCAGAAGCCGACAACAGAAAAAGAUCGUGCGACGUCCUUGUCUACAGCAGAUCGUUGUGCGACGAGAACGUCGGACGCUUGUUCGACUGCCACGACUGGGCGAUCCGCAGAGUCCUCUAAUGCAAGACAACGCUAUCGGCGACUGUGUGAGGAGGGAAUGCUCGACGACAAAUCGCCUUACGUGCUUUACAAACUGGACAGGAGGACGGCCGCCAUAGCCGCCUGCUUCUCGGCAGUCGGGAUGAACGUGAGUUCGACGGAGGAUUCAUCAUUCAUUUUGGACUCCUUCUGGGAGGGGAGGGGGGAGGGGGAGGAGGAGCUAUGGAGCAGGCGAGGCGUCGAGGGCAGCCUCUUCGAGGACGUGGUCAGGAUUCCCUAUCAAGGACUCUUCGGUAGAGCAGAGGUUAGCGGCAGGUUUGAGUGCGCUCUGCCUCCUGGAAGAUACGAGUGUUGCUGUCGAUUACGCAAAGACGACGAUGAAGGCUCAGACACGUCACCGUUGUUCAGACGCCCGCCUAAGGUCACUUUGCAGGUAAACGGAGGGCCAGUAUCUGAGCGGCGACUGAGCACAAGCAACAUACGACGGAGGAUGGGAUCCCGACAACACCGGUGGGUAGAGAAGAGGACCGGACUCGUCGUCGAGCUGUCGCCUGCCAGCCAAACCCAACAGGAGGGGGAGGACAAGACUGUCAAGAAGUCGAUCCCCGACGACAGUUUGGUUCCAACCUGUGUUCAGUUCAAACUGGAGACAGAGCGAGGUGAUGGUGGUUGGUUUCUGGACUGCGUGCUGCUCCGCUCAGCUGAAUCGACAAGCAUGGAGGAGGAGGAGGAGGAGGAGGAGGAGGAGGUGGAGGUUGCAGAAUCCAUACCCCUUCUUGCCCCGCGUUUCCCCCUCCUAGGGUCGAUCUGUCUGUUCCGUCGAUGUGUGCAGCAGCAGUAUGAACUGGUCGAUUGGAGUGUGUAUGCGGAGAGAGUCGAGCCGAAGAACACGAGAGAGGAGGAUGUGGCUCCGAUCAGGUCGUCGCGUUGGGGACUUUUGAGGUCACCGUGGGCGACGAUGCAUCGUCGUCGUCGUGAGGUCCUUUCUCCCCCAGCCAGAGUAAUGAAGGGGUUUGCCACGUGGCCGUCCGUGGGCGGUCCGGCGGCAUCAACGGCGGAGAACCACAGCCGUAGACCUAAUCCGUCGGAGCAGGAGAGGGCAGAUUUCAGCCCACGGCGGACGGCGGGAGCUUUGUUGGGAUCCCAGCCGGGCUCCACCUAACGCAUUUUUGUAAAACGUUGGCUACCCCCUCCUUGCUACGUGAUUGUGGACUUCUCUCCCCCAGCUUUGGCGGGAAUGAUUUUGGCGGGAAUGACCUUGGCGAGAACGAUCCACUCGGCUGGGUUAGCGGGAAGAAGGGGAUGGAGGUUAUUACCAAUAGACGGGAAUGAACUUGGCGGGAACGAUCUACACGGCUGGAAGUAAUAGUAAAGUUGAAGUAAACUG